AGAAGCACGGAGAGCAGCUCAGCCAGGAAUGGGGACAGAUGCAUUGGAGCAGAAGGACUGAGGUGAAGAUCUUUGCAAUGAGCUACCCUGGCUAUCCCCCGGCGGGUGGAUAUCCACCAGCAGCCCCAGGUAGCAGUCCUUGGGGUGGUGCUGCCUAUCCACCUUCAAAUCCACCUCCGAUUGGUCUAGAAAACGUGGCUGGCUAUGCCAAUCAGUUCAAUCCCAACUACAUGGCUGGAAUGGCAUCUAACCUGGCAGGGACCUUUGGAGGGACAAACGUACCACAAGGCAUAUAUCCUUCAACACCUGGGGGUUAUCCCCCAGUCCCUCCAGGUGGCUUUGGGCAACCUCCAUCAGGACAACAGCCCUCUUACGGAGGAUAUCCUCCACCUGGAGGAAAUCCGACAUCAGGAAUGCCACCUUACCCAGGAUACCCAGGUGGCACUGUGCCAGGCCAGCCCACACCACCACCUGGUCAGCAGCCUGUGGGCUAUCCAGGACAACCACCAGCAACUUACCCAGGGCAGCAGCCUAUGCCAAACUACCCAGCAGGCCCAGCCGUGAAUCCUUCUAUGCCCUCUUACCCAGGAGCUGCAGGGCCUACAGUCUCUCCUGUAACACAUGGGAGCCGAGGCACAGUCACCGAUGCACCGGGAUUUGAUCCUCUGAGGGAUGCAGAAGUCUUAAGGAAGGCCAUGAAGGGACUCGGAACCGAUGAGCAGGCUAUUAUCGAUUGUCUUGGAAGUCGUUCAAACAAGCAACGCCAGCAGAUCAUCCUAUCCUUCAAAACUGCUUAUGGAAAGGAUUUGAUCAAGGAUCUCAAGUCUGAGCUAUCAGGUAACUUUGAGAGGACAAUCUUAGCAAUGAUGAAGACACCUGUCAUGUUUGAUGCUUAUGAAAUCAAGGAAGCUAUAAAGGGUGUUGGCACAGAUGAAAAUUGUCUCAUUGAAAUCUUAGCUUCUCGCAGUAAUGAGCAUAUUCAGGAACUCAACAGAGUCUAUAAAGCAGAAUUUAAGAAAACUCUGGAGGAAGCAAUAAAAAGUGACACAUCUGGACACUUUCAGAGGCUUUUAAUUUCACUUUCUCAGGGAAACAGAGAUGAAAGUACAAGUGUUGACAUGUCUCUUGUCCAAAAAGAUGUGCAGGAGCUAUAUGCAGCUGGAGAGAACCGUCUAGGAACUGAUGAAUCCAAAUUCAAUGCCAUUCUGUGUGCAAGAAGCAGGGCCCACCUCAGAGCAGUCUUCAGCGAGUACCAGAGGAUGUGUAAUCGGGACAUUGAAAAAAGUAUAUGUCGUGAAAUGUCUGGAGACCUGGAAAAGGGCAUGCUGGCAGUAGUUAAGUGCCUCAAGAACACACCUGCUUUUUUUGCAGAGAGAUUACAGAAGGCUAUGAAGGGAGCGGGAACAAAAGACAGAACUCUGAUUCGAAUCAUGGUGUCACGCAGCGAGGUUGACCUGCUGGACAUACGUACAGAAUACAAGCGGAUGUAUGGCAGAUCACUCUACGCAGAUAUCACUGGUGAUACUUCAGGAGACUACCGGAAAAUCCUACUCAAGUUGUGUGGUGGAAAUGACUAAAUGGAGCAUUGAGCUUUUCUUAAA